GGGAUACGCGUGAACCAGUUCAUUUCUCUCAUCAGUGAAAAAAGCUAGGGUUUUUUCUCUCCGAGGCGAUAAUCCACGCCGUGGCGAUUCCGUCGUUAUUUCUCCAUCAAAUCGAUUACGUUUUCUCUUCUCCACACUCUUAGGUCAGUAUUGAGUAGAUUGACGGUGUGGUAGCGUAGAUUUUAUGUGCGAUAGGGAUUUGCGAUGGGGUGAUUUUAAAUCGAUUUGGGGAUUUUAUUUUUUAGGAUUUUUAAUGGUUAUGGGAGUUCGAUUGAGGGUUCAGUUACUCAUAUUCUUCCUUAAUUAUGUGCUAAUAAUUUGAUUUCUGUCACAGAUGGAUCCGGCAGAGGAGACAAGACAUUCAAAGAGGCAACAGGAUCACAUAAACAUGCUAGGGUUCGUCAGCGAUUCAGAGUACGGGAUUCCCAAAAGGUGUCCAUGUGGUGGGAGAAUCAUCGAUGAGGUUCGCCGGAAGGACGACUACGACACUCUUCCGGGGAAGCGGUUCUUCACAUGCAAGAACUACGAGGUAAGUUUGAUUUUAAACGCUUUGAUUAUCGUUUAUGGGUUUGCAAAUUGUAGAGUGUCUGAUAUUUGUUUAUGGUGUAACCAAGGCUGAUGGAUUCCACUAUCGUCAGCCUUGGGUGAUAGGUGUGCAGGAGGAGAUCGAAAGGUUGACUAAGCGGGUGGUGGAGGCUGAAGAAGUGAUGUUGGGGUCGUCGAAUCUCUGUAAACUGAUCGACAGACUGGAGGAUCAGGUUAAAAUGCUCUCUGAGCAGGUAGAUGACCUCACCGUGCAGGUUGCUACGUUGGAGAAGGUCUGCUUCGAAUGAAACCGAAGGUCAGAGAGUCCAGGUCACGGGUUGGAGUGAAGGUGUUGGAGUUGAUCAGUCGGUAAAGUUUGAAGCCUAGUUUUUUUUUUUAAUGUUGGGGGUAGUUGGACUGUAGACCAUCUUUGGUCACGGGAAAGUGUAGUGUUUUGUUUCUUGCUACACUUAUUUCAUUCACGGAUUGUCUUAGUAUGUAUUGUGUCAGUCACAACUUGAUUCACGGAUUAUGUAAUAUGGUUUCAAACUCUCUAUAUAUGUUUGCAUUGUAUCAUUAUAUGAAAUAGCACUUCUCUCACUUAUUACUCUCUAGCAAGUUCAUUCUCUUAUAGCACUUCUCUUUGUAUUGACUGAGAUAAGAAUGUUUAGUUGUAAAUGCUAAAAAGUCGAGAUCAUUCAAGUGAUUCCCAUUUAGUACCAGUUCUGAAGGAAGCCGACACAUUCAAGUGAUUCCCAUUUCGCUGCAAGGUGAUUCACAAAUGGAGACACACGCAAAGGUACGCGGGUUUCCAGGGAUGAUAGGCAGCAUCGAUUGUAUGCAUUGGGAGUGGAAAAACUGCCCAACAGCUUGGAAAGGUCAGUACACACGUGGUUCAGGAAAGCCGACAAUUGUCUUAGAAGCCGUGGCAUCACAGGAUCUUUGGAUAUGGCACGCAUUUUUCGGAUUACCAGGUACCCUCAACGAUAUCAAUGUUCUUGAUCGGUCACCAGUUUUUGAUGACAUCUUACAAGGUCGAGCACCUAAAGUUAAGUUCAAGGUCAACAACCACACUUAUCGUAUGGCCUACUACCUUACGGACGGAAUUUAUCCGAAAUGGGCAACAUUUAUCCAAUCCAUCCCACUUCCUCAAGGUCCUAAAGCUGAGCUAUUUGCUGAACGUCAAGAAUCCACCAGAAAAGAUGUCGAACGGGCUUUUGGAGUAUUGCAAUCGAGGUUUGCAAUUGUUAAAAACCCAGCUCUACUAUGGGACAAGGAAAAGAUAGGAAAGAUUAUGAGAACUUGUGUCAUAUUGCACAAUAUGAUAGUAGAGAACGAACGACACGGAUACGCUCAAAUUGAUACAUCUGAGUUCGAGUCAGGAGAGUCAAGCAGAAGUUCGAGGGUGCAACGGAGAGAAAGUAUUCAUGUCGGUGAUAUGUUAGGCAUUCGCAGAGAAGUUCGAGAUAAAGAGAAGCAUGAUCGUUUGAAAGCUGAUUUAAUGGAAAAUAUAUGGCAAAAGUUUGGUAAUGAAGAUUAAUAAUGUUUUUAUGUUCUUCUAUUUCUCAAUUUAUGUAAUCUACUCUUAUGUAUUGAAUAAAAAGUUUUAAAAUAUUUAUAAUAUAUUUUAAUAUUUUAUUUAUGUAUUCUCAAUAAUUUGAAAUUUUCUUUUUUUUAAUUUAUAUUAUUAUUUUAUUCCUAUGAACUCCUUCUUCGGAUUCACUAAUGCAGAAAACAACAAAUACAGGUUCAUAACUAUUUAUGGCCCCACAAAAAAAUAUUAAAAAAAUUGGGUGAACCCCAAUGGAGAGUUCACCAAUGCUCAUGCUCUAAUAGUCAGAUAUAUAUGUGGAAGUUGAA